CGCAGCCGUGAUCCGCGUGGAUCGUCCGUGUGGAUCUCCGGUCGGGCACCAUGUCCACUCGGUACAGCCUGAGGCGUGCGCUUCUGCCCAAGGUCUGCGCGCAUGUUGUGUCCGUGCUGACUGUCUGCUGCGCCGGGGGGCUCUUUCCAGCCGCUGCCUAUCCGAAUCAACACGACACGCUGGAGCAUUAUGACAUAAUCGAACCACACCUGCUCAUCGGAGGACAGCAGAGACCAGUUAGUCUCAUAAAGUCGAUGGGUCAUCCUGGAUCACUGAAGGUGCUAAUAGAAGUGGAUGGAGAGCAACUGCUACUUGAUCUGCAGAAAAAUGAAGGGCUGUUUGCUAGUCACUACACAGAAACACACUACCUGGAGGAUGGAAGUGCCGUCACCACCUCACCGAAUGUCAUGAUUCACUGCUACUAUCAUGGCGAGGUGGAGGGUCAGUCGGGGUCAGAGGUCAGCCUCAGCACCUGCACAGGACUCAGUUCCAAAUAA